AUCGCAAGCAUCGAACGUCGCCCUGAAGUCUCUCAGGCUUCGCAACAAGCAUAACAUCAAUUUUUUUGAAGACUUAGGGCAGCUACGAAAGUAGCUACUCACACAGGCAUCAGCCAUGUCGAACAAACAGGGCAAGAUGGCCGGUUACAUCAACUACCGCAUGAGGGUUACCUUGAACGAUGGCCGCCAGAUGACCGGACAGAUGCUUGCAUUUGACAAGCACAUGAACUUCGUCCUCGCCGAUACCGAAGAGUUCAGACGCGUCAAGAUCAGACAGAACAAGCCUGCCGCCCCCGGCGCUAGCUCCAGCUCCGGCCAAACGAUCGAGAAGGAGGAGAAGCGAACCCUCGGCUUGACGAUUGUGCGCGGCGCACACAUUGUCUCCCUUUCAGUCGAAUCAGAGCCGCCCGCGGACCCCAGUGCAAGACUUGGAAAGAGCGCGCCUGGCGGAAUUUCGGCCGGUCUCACCGCUGGUCCUGGUGUUGCGCGACCCGCCGGCCGCGGCGCCGCCCCGGCCCCUCCAUCACUGGCCGUUAGUACCUCAUCAAUCUUUGUUCAUGAGCUUUGGACGCUGACUUUUGACAUAGGGCCCUGCUGCUGGCGUUGGAGGUGGUGCUCCUCCCGGAUUCCCUGGCUUCCCCGGUGCCCCGCCCUUCGGCGGACGUGGUGCUCCUCCUCCAGGCUUCCCCGGCGCCUUCCCGCCCCCAGGCUUCCCUCAAAACGCCCCCUUCCCCCCUCCUGGUUUCAACCCCGGUCCUCCUGGCGGAGCCCCGGGCUUCAACCCUCCCCCGCGAAGAUAGACUACGGAUAAAGAUAUCAAUACCUCGCAUGCUUUGUAGUUGGAGGAUGGUUCACGGAUACCAUUGGCGUUUGGGGAUGAAUGUCAAGAUUACGAACAAAAAAGAAAUCGGGCAGAAGAGGCACGCUGUUAAUCGGCCUCCUCUCUACCCCUGAACAAGUCAUAGGUCAACUUGCCAACCUAUACUCGUUGGAUUUGCGGAAAGAAAUGGGCAGCAUGGAUUCAUUCGACAGUUCUUCAAGUUACAUCGAGGAGGAGCAUAGGUAACC